AUGCCCGUCUAUGCCAAAUUCAUGAAAGAGCUUCUAAAUGGUAAACACGGAUUUAAAGAUGAUGAAAAUGUUGAUUUAGCUGAAGAAUGUAGUGCAAUCAUCCAAUGCAAGCUACCACCCAAACUAACAGAUCCAUGUAGAUUUACUAUUCCUUGCUCUAUAGGUUCAUUAAACAUUGGUCAGGCACUAUGUGAUUCAGGGGAGAGCAUCAAUUUGAUGUCACCGUCUAUGAUGAAGAAAUUAAAUUAUGAAGAGCUAAAACCUAUGAAAAUGAAUUUGACUCUAGCCGACAGAUCAGUCACAUACCCGUAUGGAGUACUAGAGGAUGUGUUGCUAAGGGUUGAUGAUUUAUUUUUCCCCGUUGAUUUUGUCAUCUUGGAUAUGCCGGAAGAUGCCGAAACAUCAUUAUUGUUAGGGAGACACCUCCUUACCAUAGGAAGAGUUUUGAUUGAUGUAAAAAGAUGA